AUGCGCCUUGUCCGGCUGAAGAAGGUCGCGGGAUGGAUAGCGUCCGAAACCCUUCAAUCAGAGGCUGGUUCUGACGGUAACAGCGAGCAUGCAUCAUCAGGAGACGAAGACUCGCAAAUGAGGCUGAGGCUGAAGAGGAAACUGCAAAGAAACCGGACUUCCUUCACCAAUGACCAAAUAGACAGUCUGGAAAAGGAGUUCGAGCGCACGCACUACCCGGACGUGUUUGCGCGGGAGCGACUGGCCGAAAAGAUUGGAUUGCCUGAGGCACGUAUCCAGGUGUGGUUCUCGAAUCGUCGCGCGAAAUGGCGUCGCGAAGAGAAGCUGCGAAGUCAACGGCGAGACGCCCCCGCCUCUCCUCCCGCGCCGCCCGCGCGGUUGCCGCUCAAUGGAGGCUUCAACUCCAUGUAUAGCCCCAUACCGCAGCCCAUCGCCACGAUGAGCGAUACCUAUAGUGCGCUUUCCGACAGCUCGAUGUCGGGCGGUCUAUCCUCGUCGUGCCUGCAGCAGCGGGACAGCGGCUACCCUUACAUGUUCGGAGACGUCCUAGGAAGCGGAGGAUACUCCAGAGCACCGGCAGCACAUCAGCAGCACGCGGCGUACUCACAACCUCAAGCAGCAGCUAGCACCGGUAAGUUUGCAAUAAGUAUUUGUGAAUAG